AUGAGAUUCAACUUUGAAGAGCUCUAUGAUACCUCACGAAGUGAUUCCGAAAGUUCUGUAGAUGAAAAUGACUUUACCAUAAUUGGGGGAGAUGAUGAGGGUAUACCGCAAUUGAGAUUGCCAAGGCUAUAUAGUAAGGGAAAACCAAAGGAAGAGGAGGAACCCAUCAUAUUGGACUCUGAACUGCAAGAAAUACUUUCGAAGUUGGAUAUACACUCAAAACUUCCCACACCAGCUAACAAUUUACUAGUUCAUCGAUUAAGCAAUCCAAUCGAAAAUGUUAGACAGGAAGGCUCUUUACGAAUAGAAAUGCCUGUGUGGAAUGCUGGAAGGGAUACUGAUCAGGGCAUAAAUAGGAUCAUCGAAGACAUUGAGCGUAAACUCACCAUCAUAGAGCAAGAGAAUGACAACCAAGUGGCAAAGGUUCGCCGACAUAAAGAACGCAUAGAAGAAGAGCGUAAGCAGCAGCUCGAGGACGAACGUCGUCGGAAAGAGGAGGAAGAAAGAAUGCGCCGUGAAGAAGAAGAAGAAAGACUCAAGAAAGAAAAGAUAAAACGGGAAAAGGAAGAAGCAGAACGUCAGCGAAAGGCUGAAGAGGAGGAGCAAAGACGAAAAGCGCAACUUAAACUCGAGGAGCAGAAGCGAAAACAACAUGAAGAAGAAGAGGUCCGCAGGGCCCAAGAGGAAGCCAAGAAAUCUCGUGGUCACACCAACUUCAAGGAAAUUGAGUCCAAUUUCAUCACCUACAAGAAAAAAAUCGAGGAAAUCAAAUCUGAUAUCUUGGAACCUGUCAAAAACGACAAGUCUCUUAAGUCCACUUUGUCCAAGUAUAAGAGGAAAAUUAAUCCCAAAUUCGGUCAACUUACGAACAGUGAACAGCAGCUUCAGUCUAUCACUCAUGACCUUACCGGGCUUAUAAACGAAACGAAACCAAAUGCUUUGGCUUACAAAUGGAUUUUGAACUUCAUAGCUAAGGCGUUGGUUUCUCAGGCAGAAACCGAAGUGCGAGUGAAACCUGAAAGUGCAGUACCACUCGCAAGAUUGGCAUUGAUUUUACUUGUGAUGUAUCCAGAGUUGCUUGAGCUAUUAAUGGCGAGAUUUAUAAAAAAAUGUCCGCUCGUUAUAGGCUACACAUGCAGCAUUGAUUCCGAAGAAGGAAGACUCAGAAUGGGUUGGAAACGUAAUAAAGAUGGAAGAUGGGAAGACGAUGUAUCUUAUGAUGAAAGAAUGGGGGGUAUCGCGACCCUUUUUUCAGUAAUAACAAGACUCCGCUUGCCAAAUGAGUUCAGUGAGACACAUGAUCACCCACUACCGAUAACCCAUUCAUGGAAAUUAUUGGCCCGCAUCGCUAACACGCCGAUUGAACUACUUACGAACACACAUUUCGUUGUAUUAGGUUCUUGGUGGGACGCAGCAGCAGCCGACUUUGUUCAAAUGUUUGGCAGACAAGCCAGAAAACUUUUAAUAUUAGUGAGUGAUGAUUUGACGAUCGCAGUUGCCGAUCGUAAAUAUGUAGGAGCGGCAAGACUUCGGAUCUUAUCUGAGGAAUGGAUGACAACAGGGACAAUAGUUUCGUUCCCUCAGAUGACACCAUAA